AUGAAGGUUGAUCUUCGCCGCGAUGAUGAAGAACCUCCAAUAAUAGUUGUUGAUCAUGCAAAACAAUCUUGCAUUAUCAAUCUGUUAUGUUUUUUUAGGAAACAUAACGUUAGAAGAGAUAAUUUCAAAGAUGAUGAAUGUGUUAUAUGUUUGGAACCAUUAUUGGAAGAUAAUAAAGUGGUUGUUGAGAUGAAGAAGUGUAAACAUCUGUUUCACUUAUCUUGCAUUAAUGACUGGACUCGAAUCAAUAAAAUAUGUCCAGUCUGCCGUCUUCGUGUGAAUACUGUCUACAUUGUUACUUGUACAGAUGUUUCUACAAAGUCAAAUCGUGAUACUGUAGAAAAUAUGGUUUAA